UAAUCUCAACAAAUUAGUAGAGACCAAACACCUACUCAUUAUACCUUCUACUUCUCUUUCUUUCACAUUCUUCCUCUUUUCCUAUUCUUUCUACCAGAGCUGCUGCACCAACCAUAGAUGGUUGGCAUGGAUGGCCAUGGCAGCAAGCAUGAUCAGCAAACAUUUAACGUCUCCCUUGACAUGCAUCAACAAGGAGACUCUAAGUGUUUCGACGAUGAUGGUCGCCCCAAACGAACAGGAACAGUGUGGACUGCGAGUGCACACAUAAUAACCGCAGUGAUAGGGUCUGGAGUUCUCUCUUUGGCUUGGGCUAUAGCUCAGCUUGGAUGGAUUGCUGGUCCUGCUGUUAUGCUUCUUUUUUCUGCCAUCACUUACUUCACUUCCCUUCUUCUCACUGAUUGUUAUCGUACCGGUGACCCUCUCACUGGCAAGAGAAACUACACUUACAUGGAUGCUAUUCGUUCUAACUUUGGUGGCAACGACUUUAAGGUCAAGAUGUGUGGACUGGUUCAGUAUGUUAACCUUUUUGGAAUCUCCAUCGGUUACACCAUAGCGUCUUCCAUUAGCAUGAUGGCAAUCGAAAGAUCUAAUUGUUUCCACAAGAGCGGAGGGAAGAAUCCAUGUCAUAUGAACAGCAACGUCUACAUGAUUUCGUUUGGAAUAUUGGAGAUUAUUUUCUCUCAAAUUCCAGGCUUCGAUCAAUUAUGGUGGCUGUCCUUUGUAGCUGCUGCCAUGUCAUUCACAUACUCCACCAUUGGGCUAGGCCUUGGUAUUGGAAAGGUCAUUGAGAACAGAAAAGUGGGGGGAAGCUUAACCGGGAUAACCGUUGGUUAUGUGACUCAAACUAAUAAAGUCUGGAGAACCAUGCAAGCGCUUGGUGACAUAGCAUUUGCCUAUUCAUACUCCUUCGUCCUUAUAGAAAUUCAGGACACGGUGAAAUCACCUCCAUCGGCAUCAAAAACAAUGAAGAAGGCUGCUUUCGUCGGUGUUGCAGUCACCACCUUUUUCUACAUGCUUUGUGGCUGCUUUGGGUAUGCUGCUUUUGGAGACUCAAGCCCUGGAAACCUUCUCACUGGUUUUGGCUUCUAUAACCCAUACUGGCUCCUUGACAUUGCUAAUGCUGCCAUUGUGAUCCACCUUGUUGGUUCAUACCAAGUCUACAGCCAGCCCCUCUUUGCUUUCAUUGAGAAAAACGUAGCACACAGAUUCCCAGAUAGUGAUUUUGUGAACAAAGAAAUUGAAAUCUCAGUCCCUGGUUUCCAUUCCUACAAGCUCAACCUCUUCCGAUUGGUUUGGAGGACAACAUAUGUUGUGGUAAGCACUUUAAUAGCAAUGCUGCUCCCAUUCUUCAAUGACGUAGGAGGGCUUAUUGGAGCAUUUGGAUUUUGGCCCCUUACUGUGUAUUUCCCAGUGGAAAUGUAUAUUGCUCAGAAGAGAAUACCAAAGUGGAGCUCUAAAUGGAUCUGCCUCCAAACACUCAGCCUUGCUUGCCUUUUGAUGACCAUAGGAGCUGGAGUUGGCUCUAUUGCUGGGAUUCUCAUUGAUCUUAAGACUUACAAGCCUUUCAAGACAAACUAUUGAUUCAACUAUGGUUUCCAUUCAUAGAGAUUUUCAGAAAGAACAUUCCAUGUCUUGUACAUGUUCAUAUGAAACCCAGGAUGGUGAUGUGUUUGUUCAUGGCCUAACAUCUGUGUUCCACUUCUUCCUACUGUUUCUGUUAGUCUAACUUGUUCUGCAACAUAAUUCAGAAUGAAAGAAGUGAUGUAAAAGCAUAUAAAUCUAGAGUAAUUAUAAUCACAUAUUCAGCUUCUGUGCUUCUUACUUUCA